CGGCGUGCAAGUCCCGACGCGGUGGUCGGGUCGCCAUAACGGGCCUGCGGCAGAGCGCAGCAUGCUACCUUUUUCCUCCACUAAUCAACGUCCAUGAUUCACAAGGCUGCCUUUCCAUUUCGACAGACAGUCCUUCUCUCAGUUUGCCUAAUUCAUUUCACUGAUUGUGCUCCAUGCCCGUUGAUCGUCGCGUCCCUCCCGUGUCUCUCACGGGCUCACCGGUUCUGCUACACGUCCUUCGAGGCACAGCAGCCGUCCAACGCCGCAAUCAUCAGGCGAUACCCGCAUGCCAAACAUGGGCACAGAUACCGGCCCCAAGCGCCCGAGACAAUGGUCAAACGUUUGGCAGAUAAGUGUAUCCGAAACACCCUUGGUGGCUUGACUGCUAUGUAUCACCCUAGUGGACGAGCUUGCAUGUAUCAUCACUCAUUGCGAGAGAUAUAAUGACUCCUAAGGCGAUUGCAAUAUGGAGCUAGUACCACAAAGGUGCCAACAUCCGUCUGUCACUACCCAUACCUUGUUUAUAUGGGGCUUUAUCAAGUCUUACAAGGAGUCUUUUCUGCACACUGACGGACAAGUGCUGGAGAUUAUGCGCCCGGAGU